AUGUACGGUCAACAAGGAGGAUACGGACAGCCGCCGCCUAACCAGGGAUGGGGUCAGCAGCCCCCGCCCCAGGGCCAGUAUAACGCUCCGCCUCCGCAACAGGGAUGGGGUGCCCCGCCACCGCAGGGAAACUAUCCUCCCCAGCAAGGCUAUCAACAACAACAAUAUGGUGCUCCUCCACCCCAGCAGGGACAAUGGGGAGCACCUCCUCCUGGUGGACAACCGGGCUACGGAGCACCUCCACCAAAUCAGUACGGUUCGCCCGCGCCGCAAGGGCAGUAUCAGCAGCCACCUGGCCAGUAUGGCGCUCCCCCACCGCAAGGCGGUUAUGGACAGCCUCCACCACAGCAGUAUGGCGCUCCCCCACCGCAGCAGGGAUAUGGCGCUCCGCCGCAACAGUACGGCGCUCCUCCCGGCCAGCAAUACGGAGCUCCCCAAAGCUUCGGCCCGCCCACUCAGCCUUCGUUGGGAUAUGGCCAACAGCAAACUGCCAACAUCGAUGUGACUCAGGACGUUGAGGCCAUUCGAAAAUCCAUGAAAGGUUUCGGCACCAACGAGAAGAUCCUAAUCGCAGCGUUAGCCAAGAAGGACCCCAUACAGAUCAACACCAUCCGUCAAGCCUAUGGCCAGCGCUUGAUGCGAGACUUAAUCAAAGAUCUUGAGAAAGAGACAUCAGGCUACUUCGAGAAAGGCCUAGUACAGAUUGCUCGCGGUCCGCUCAUGGGUGACUGUUACACGCUGUACGAAGCGAUGAAGGGCGUGGGAACAAAGGAGGCAGCUCUUGAUGAUGUUCUUAUUGGUCGAUCAAACGCAGAUAUCAACGCGAUCAAAACCGAGUACCAGCGACUCUUCAAAAAGAGCCUAGAAUCCGACUUGAGGGGCGAUCUCUCGGCAGCAACCGAGCAGAUGUACAUGAUGGUCAUUGCGGCCCGCCGCGCAGAAGACUCGGCCCCAGUUGUUCCCCAAGCUGUCGAGCAGGACGUCACCGAAUUGCAGCGCGGAAUGGGUAACAUGAUCAGCAAAAAUGCUAGUUCUGUGUGCGAUGUGUUGUUCACUCGCAAUGACGCCCAGAUCCGCGCCAUUGCCCAAACCUACCAGCAGCGAUUCCACGAGCCUUUGCUCAAGGCUAUCAAGUCCAAGUUCUCAGGCCACAUGGAAGAUGCGCUUGUCUUACUUGUUGAUCGAGCAACCAAUCGCGCUGAAGCUGAGGCGGUGCGCCUAGAGGACUCGAUGGCCGGCAUGGGUACGAAGGACGAGCUGCUGGUGCAACGUGUGGUCCGGUGUCACUGGGACCAGGGUUUCAUGCGGGCCGUGAGCGAUGCUUACCAGCGCAAGUACAAUAAGUCGUUGGUCAGGAGAAUAGAGGGCGAGACGAGGGGCGACUACGAGAAAUUGAUGGUUGCUUGCGUCCAGUAG